AUGGAGUCAUGCUCUGAUCACAUCGAACAUCCCUAUCAUGUUCUUGAGAAGAGUGACACUUACUGUGUUAACAUCAGCGCAGCACUUCCCUGUGAAACUGACAGCACUACACCGGCUUCUUGUGAUCUGGAUAACAAACAAGCCACAGAAGAAUCAACAGCUUUUCAGAGUGACUGCAGUGGAAAGGCAGAUCUCACUUGGAAAUCCUUCCUUUGUGAUGGAGGUGAGGUGGAAGUUUCAGAUGCCACCAGAUUACACAACGAAACCAUUCCUCUGCCCAAGGAAGAGCUUGGUGCUCCUCUAGAGUAUGACAGUAUAAAUUUGACCAACUGCUUCGGUGACUUUGACCAGCAGUGUCAAGAGGAACAUGCUGAUCAUCCAUACUGUAGCCAUGAUGGUGGUGUUGAUCCUGUCAUUAAGGCUUUAUCUGAGACAACACGUGGUUCAGAAAAACGUGCUAAUGGACUGUCCUUUAAAUCACUGGACUGCACUGGAGGAGAGAUUGAAAUUCCAAGAGAAGAGUCCGUUGUUCUACCAGCCGACCAUUCUGUUAGCAGCAGUGAGACACAUGGCUAUGCCAUAGAUUCAACUGAAAUAGCUGGUGACUGUGAUUUACAAAAUGAUAAUACAGUUGGUCAGUUUGAUCAUCCAUACUGUAAUGUUCAGACUCAUUCAUCAGCUCCAUGUGACAGCCUUUUGACUACCCAGGAAGCAUUGGCAGACGGCACUGAGGAUGUAAUGGUCAGACACUACAGUGGUAGCCCAGUGGUAUCUGAUAGCCAGGCUGGGAGCCAAGGUGGUGUCACAGCUGAUUGUUGUAUUCCAGCUGAAGAUGAAAAAUUAGAUGAGGCCCAAUUUCCCAAGAAGAAGACAUCCCUUCUGCAUGAGGACCAGAUUGUAAUCUGUCCCCUCAGUGAAAACUAUCUGUUCACUUCCAUCACACAUGAUUAUUGUCAAGAUGCCUUUGAAGAUGCUAACAGCCAACAGAACAAUGGUGAAGCUGUGGUAGCUACUGACCCAUCAGCUGUUAGCAGAUCUCUGGUGGCUAAUGGAUCUUUAAAAGCUUUGGAUACUGAAACUGUAAAAUGCAAAGGGCAAGAAAUGCUUAACUGUACCGUGAAUCCUGCUGACAGUGCAUUGCCUCUCGUGGUUCAGAAUACUCAGAUUUCUGACUGCAGUCAACUUGCAGGUUCAGCAGAGAGCCCUUCAGGUGUGGAAGUGCAACAGCAAGACCAAGAGGAGCAUGUCUCUGAAGUGAACUCCACCAGAGGACCCGCUGAAUCCAGUGGGGAAAAAGACAGUGCCAUUGGCUCAUCUGGAAAUGCACCUGCUCUUUGUAACUCUGCAGAAAAAUCUCAUGCAGAGAACCUUACUGAUGUACUGAAAGCGCUGUCGGAGUGUCCCUCGGUUGCCUCAGCUUUGGAGUUGGGAAUGUUUAGUCCCGUUAGGAGAGCUUCUCUGUCUUUUUUAAAGACUUUUGGGGAUCCUGCUCAAGGCAAGUUUGCAGCUGAUGACUCUGCUAUUGAGGGUGAGAAAACCUUGUUUGCUCCUCUUAAUGCUGACCGUGCUAGGUUGUGGGCGGAGCAACUGGAAAGCCCAAUGCCUCAUCCUCUGUUAAACUCCACCGCCCUGGGUCAGAAUCCUGGUCUGAGCCCACUAUGGGAGCCAGUUAAGGAUUUGGGACAGAAAGUCUCUGCAGAGCCUCAGACUGAAGCUGAGAAACCACUGCUGAAUUUCCCACUGAUUUCCGAUGGUCCGUUUCAGCAGCAGCUUCGACAAAUGGCAGAGUUCCUCAUGAUGGCGUCUGGAAAGAUGGGCCCUGCUGCUGUCUCUGCUCCUGCUCCACCUCCUGCCCCUCCAGCCAAAGCUGCUCCUGUAAAGUCUCACAGUGUCUGUGUGGGCAGUAGUCCUGUGAAACUGGUUGACCACAGCCUCAAUACUUCUGGCCUGUUUGAGAGGAAGAGGGAAUUCUCUGUGGCUGAUUCCUGCACUAUGACUGACCCGCUCCUCUGGAAUUUACCUCCAGGCAGCUUGGAGUCCCUCCCAAGACAGGAGCUGGAACAGAGGUUAAUGUCUAGCAUGACGAUGGUUGAGGCCCUGGUGCAACAGCUGACUGCAGCGAGGGCACAAGGACGUCCGCUUGCAGGCCCUGCUCCUUCAGACCUCCGGGAGAAACUCGUGCAGACAGACCACACCGAACUCAGUCAGACUUCUGUCAGAAGUGACACAGACGCUGCUCUCUCUAACAUGAAUGAAAUUGGUGACAUAGUCAGAGAGGACCAUCAAAGCCUCAUUUCACAUUAUGGGCACAUGAAGUCUCUACUUGAGAAAUCAAAGGACAUACAGAGCAGAAUGAUGCAGAAGGUCAAAGAAGCUCUUCAUCAGAGAAAUGACAUGAGGACUCAAAUGGAAGAAGCCUUCACAGCAAAGGAGGCAGCUUUCAGUGCGAUGGAACAGCUGAGGACACACUGUGCCACAGAAAUUUCACUUCUGGAGAAGAGUGUGGGGUCUCAGCAAGAGCUGCUGGCCGCCCUAAACCAGAGCUAUCCAGAACUGGUUGUGUUAAACAAGGCUUAUAAUGCAACCCUGGACUCUGCUUCAGAUCUUUUGUCUGAAACCAUGGAUGAACAGUCCGCUUUGAUGAAAGAGGUACGCUCCUUGGAGGCAUCACUGGGUCAGUCGGAGCAGCGGGUGUGCGAGUUGAGUCGGGCUCUGGCUCAGAGUGAGGAGCAGCUCAGUCAGCUGCAGUCCCUCUCACAGUCUCAGAGUCUGCAGAUCCAGCAGCUCCAGGAUGUCUGUACACAGCUCAGUGGUGUGCGGGAAAUGAACGAGUUCCUACAGAUGGAGAACGAGUUGGCGAGGGAGCAGAUGGCAGAAAGUGAGCGUAUGCUGAGGGAAAACCUGCAGAGCCUUCGGGAGAGGAACAUCCAGUGUGAGGACCUGAAGAAAGAAGUUUGUCAACUUAAGCUUGAGAACGGGAAUUUGCAGGAAGAACUUAAAGCCACAAGGUCCAGAGCCAGGACAGCAAACCUGGAGCUUGAAGAGAAGAUGGCUCAGGCGGUCACAGAAAUCACUUUGCUGCAUCACACACUGAGGGGACUGACCAACAAGCUCCAUGAAGAACUUGAUGAAAAGAAACCACAGAUGUGUGAAGAGUCUCAGGCAGUCCACAGCGUGGAGCGUUGUGCCUCAACUGCUGAGAGAGAGGAAGAGGUCAAAACAGACACUCCUGCUGAAACAGUCCCUUCAGACACUCUCGAGCCACAGCGUGAAGCUUUGUUCAGCGAGAUGAGCGCCUUCACCCGCAUCGCAGCCAUCACUCCUAAAAAGAAUAUGAGCACAGUCGAGAUUGAACCAGAGGAAGAGGAGCAGAGCCACCUGGCGGAGCUGCUUACUGGCCUGGGCAGCACCGUCACCGAGCUCGUCAGCACUCUGAAGCUGGUGCAGCAGCGCAGAGACGCUCAGCUGGAGGAGCUGCAUGGCCAAAUCUGUGGCCUGCAGGUGGAGCAGCGUGCUGCAAAGAACGGACAUGAAGCUGAGGUUUUUGAGCUCAAGCAUCAACUCAGCCGUCUGAGUCAGCUGGUCGAGAAGGCAAAUCAGGCUCUGCAGCAGAAAACUCAGGAUGAGAAAAUGCUGGCUAAGUUGAUAGUUGAAGUGCAAGACACACAGGAAAUCCUAAAUAAACAGAAGACUGACAAUAAUGAAUUGAGAAGGGAAAUCACUGAGCUUCGUCGCGCUCUCCAGCAGUCGAAGGUGGAGUCUGAAUUCCUUCGGGAUGAAUUGAGGAAAGCUGGCGGCCAGUCGACUAAACAGGAACAUUUCAUGGAAGAGAACAUCAAGUCAUUGAAAGAGGUGGAGAGACUGAAGGCCAGUCUUCAGGAAGCCGAGCAGGUCAAAGUAAAAAUUCUUGAAAGGGCAAAGAGACAUCAAAUCAUCUAUCAGAGCAACCAGCAGAAAAGUGAGAACGAGCUUCAGAUAUUAAACAACAUGAUCAACAGAGUUCGGGAGACCUUGCUGUCGUUGCCGGCAGUUGUGAAGAACUGUGAACAGCUCCGGCAGCUCGUUGAAUACAUUGGCUGAUGUGUUUAUUUCCCUCGUGUGUGUUUAUUCAUGUUUUAGCUUGUCUGCCUUCUAAAUGUUUGUAUUUUUGAGAAUAAAAUAAUUAUUUGAGAAUAAAAUAAUGCUGAUAUUAACCAUAUCUUUUAUGGACA